AUGCGGCUAUUUCGUUCUAAGAAAACCUCUUCUACUGUUAUGGACCAACAGGGAGGAGGUGGAAGUAUCUACUCUGUAGAGGGCAGGGCCUCCUCACUGGAGCAUAGGCGUGCUGUAGGGGAUACUGCGAUGAUGCGUGUUACUAAUAGGGGGUCUACAAGUACUCUCAAUGGUACUGGUGAAGUGAAGAAUAGUGGUCUUAGUGACCCUCCUGAAUGGGAUGCUUUCCCGUUACCACCACCAAGGGGCAAAGGCGCUUUGAUAAGGUGGGACGUGUCAGCUGUGUCUCUAUUGCCCUGGACACUCCGCAUCCCUUUAAAACUACAUGACUGCAAGAAUCCUAAAAAUGGACAGCUAUACUGUAAGUGGGAUGCCGUUCUCUACGACAAGUUGAACCGUCACGAGUUGUGGGCUCGACAUGGCCAAAGCAUGCACUGGUUCACACUGGAGUUCGAGAACCCUGGCCUCGAAAAAGGCAGCAACACCUUUUUCUCUUUGCCCGACCACGAUGAUCCUUAUGUGUAG